AUGGACCCCCUAAGCAAGCUUCCAUACGAGCUCCUCUCCCUAAUCAUCGACUACACAGCAGACUGGAUCACGCUCGAAAGCCUCAUUCAUUUCUCCCCACCACUACACGACCUCUUCACCACCUCAGCAGCCCCCAGCACCUCACCAAAGAAACAAUCACGAAGAUCAGCACGAACAUCAUCCAAAGCCCACCGCGAAGCCAUACGCAUUGUCAAAUGCACCCUCAAAAACAACCCCAUCAUGUCCGUCCAACUCCGUCGGCACUUCCACAUAAUCACCAAACUACGUCAAUUUUCCUCACAACCAGCUGUCAGACGCACCAUCUGUUAUACUACACUCCUAUUAGAAGAUGAUGAUUCCUCCCUCUCCUUCGAUUUCCCAUCAGCCCACACAACCCUCCUCGAAAUGAUCACCCUCGCAGCCAACAUCCAGCGUCUAGCAUGCGCAUGUCUAUCCACCCUCCUAACCCGGCUUCGGAGCGUUCAUCCGCACCGCUGGACCAAAGAAGACCUAUAUUCGAAGACAUGUGCAUCCACAGAGACAGAAACGGGACCGUACAAGCUACACGACGUGGGACCUCCCUCAUGGCUCGAAGAGUAUCGCAUCUACCGUACGUUAUGGUUUCUACAGCUGAGAUAUGAAAUGUUAUGUGUUGGCAAGAAGCUGAGAUUGUUCACUGAUACUCGACUUCGGAGAAUGCAGGAUGACUAUACGGACGUAAUUACUGAAGAUGAGGCGAAGUUCAGGUGGAUGAACUUCAAUGAGCUCGAGAUAAGAACUGUUAUACAGACCUUGUUCUACAGCCGCGAGCUCAAUGUCGACCAUCUACAAGAGCCUUGGGCAAAAUUCGCAAGUUACACAGGAAAGCCACGCAAACUCCACUACCACUACCCCCCAAUUCAUGCUUCGAGAUCUGGUCCCCACCCUACCGACGACAACCACCACCACCCUCCCACCCGCCCCGACAACUGCACAAGCAGCACCGAGUGGCUUACUCCAAGCCGCUAUAGCAUGAUCAGAUUUGUCGGAGAAGAAGAACAGCGAAUCCGCGAGGACAACAACAGCAAGUCAAAGUCCACGUCCCCGCGCAGUUCCCAGCAGGACCUAUCAGAGUCCUGGCACGCACUUGGCAUGGCGAUAUGGGAUCGCUGGCGGAUGGGCUGGGACUGGCCCUGA